AUGUCCUGGAGUGGCGUGUUGUUCACACUGACGUAUCUGACAGUAGUUAUUGAGUGUGCGGUGGGAUACAACGCGUCUCUGCUGUUGGAGAUGUUGGAGGCAUCAGGGAACCGCUCCAGUCUCUACACGCUCGACGACAACACACUGGCGGACUGGCGCUCACUUGUGUGGCAGAAACGGCACGGAGAAGAGUCACAGCACGCCACCGUGAAAGCGCUACUCAUCUUCGCCUACUCUGUCAUCAUCAUAAUCUCAUUGUUUGGAAACAUCCUCGUGUGCCAUGUGGUCAUUAAAAACAAGCGCAUGUACUCUGCAACAAGCCUCUUCAUAGUGAACCUGGCUAUUGCGGACAUACUUAUCACGAUUUUGAACACGCCCUUCACUCUGGUGAGGUUUGUUAACAGCACCUGGGUUUUUGGAAGGGGAAUGUGUCACAUCAGUCGCUUCGUGCAGUAUUGCUCUCUGCACGUCUCCACACUCACUCUCACGGCCAUCGCUCUGGACAGACGGCAGGUGAUUUUGCAUCCCCUGAAGCCACGGAUGUGUAUUGGUCAGGGUGCCAUUUGUAUCGUGUUUAUCUGGCUCAUGGCUAGCUGUUUUUCACUGCCUCAUGCCAUCUACCAGAAACUAUUCACUUUUGUCUACAGUAAAGAUAUAGUGCGCUCUUUGUGCGUGCCUGAUUUUCCUGACCCUUCAGAGCUAUACUGGCAGUAUCUGGAUUUGGCCACCUUUAUCCUCCUAUAUGUCCUUCCCCUGCUCAUCAUCACUGUUGCCUACUAUGCUGUUGCCCGCCGUCUCUGGCGGCGAAAUGCCAUUGGUGACGUCACCAGCGAACAGUACUUCCUUCAACGCAGGAAGAGGAAGAGGACCAUUAAGAUGCUGGUGUUGGUCGUUGUAGUAUUUGCCGUUUGCUGGUUCCCUUUAAAUUGCUAUGUGGUGCUGCUCUCCAGUCAAGUAAUUCAGUUCAACAAUGCUAUUUACUUCAGUUUUCACUGGCUAGCUAUGAGCUCCACCUGCUACAAUCCUUUCAUUUACUGCUGGCUGAACCAGGGCUUCAGAACUGAACUCACUUUCCUGCUGGGCAUGUGCAGAAAUGUCCAGAGGCGGGGUCAAGGGAGAAGGACACACAGUGGCGGUCAAGGGGAGGUUCCUGAUCCAUUGGCCUUGCCUAGUGCUGGGUUCCACAGGACUGCGUGGCCAGAGAGCCAAGCCUUCUCGCAACAAUCCAAUCCAAAAGAGAGCCAUGCUCUUAGGUCCACCUCUCUCGGCCAAUCAGGGAAGACAGAUAUUCUAUCGGUGGAGCCAAUUGUUGCUGUGAACUGACUAAAUCUCUCAAAUGUCCCUCAGGGCGGUACAAUUAGUGCUUCUGGAUAUUAGGCUUUUAAAAACCAGUGGUUAUCAAGUGGACCUCCUAUUUAUAUUCAAGUUUACAGGUUACAGUGAGGCACUUACAAUGGAAGUGAAUGGGGCCAAUUUUUGGAGGAUUUAAAGGCAGAAAUGUGAAGCUUAUAGUUUUAUU